CAACCACAACACAUAUUUAACAUCAAGAUAUUCUCUCAACCACCACUAAUUGUUACUAUUUUAAAGCUAAAAUAUUCAUCCAACAAGAAACUUGAGUUACUCAUAUAGGUGAUGUUUGCAUAUUGAAACAACACAUUUGUGUACAACAUAUUAAGAAAGAAAUGGCUGGAAAAAGUGAUCUUCCUGUGAUCGCGAGAGACGACAACCUAAGUGAAGAAACAAAAACUCUGAUCUCUUCACUUCCUACAUACCAAGAUUCUCAUGUGAAGCUCUGCAAGUACCAAGGAUGUUGGUAUUACCACAACACUCUCCAAGCAGUCAUCAACUACCAAAGAAACUUCCAGCCGCAAGACACCGACAUUAUUCUCGCGUCUUUCCCCAAAUCCGGUACAACUUGGCUCAAGGCACUCUCAGUCGCAAUCGUGGAGAGAUCUAAACAGCCUUUUGAUGAUGAUCCCCUCACACAUCCUUUGCUAUCCGAUAAUCCUCAUGGCAUAGUACCGUUCUUUGAGUUCGAUAUGUAUCUCAAAACCUCAACACCGGACUUAACCAAGUUCUCAACAUCAUCCCCGAGGCUGUUUUCGACUCACAUGCCUUUACACACCUUCAAAGAGGGCCUCAAGGGUUCUCCAUGCAAGGUUGUGUAUAUGUGCAGGAACAUAAAGGAUGUUUUGAUAUCGGAUUGGCAUUUCAGGUCCAAGUAUAGCAACAAUGAAGUAUCUAGAAGCACUCUUGAGUCAAUGUUCGAGUCAUUCUGUGGCGGAGUUAGCUUCUAUGGUCCGUUUUGGGACCAUGCUCUAAGCUAUUGGAGAGGCAGCUUGGAAAACCCCAAGCAUGUCCUUUUCAUGAGGUACGAGGAAAUGAAAACAGAGCCGUGUGUCCAGGUCAAGAGGCUUGCCGAGUUUUUGGGGUUUCCUUUCACUAAGGAAGAAGAAGAUAGUGGUUCGAUUAGCAAACUCUUGGAACUAUGCUCUCUUGGUAAUCUGAGCGGUUUGGAGGUUAACAAAACCGGAAAAACAUGGAUGAACUAUGACUACAAAAGCUAUUUCCGCAAAGGAGAAGUUGGUGACUGGAAGAAUCAUCUAACUCCCGAAAUGGAGAACAAAAUCGACAUGAUCAUCGAGGAGAAAUUAAAAGGUUCGGACUUGAAGUUCUAGAUUCGUGUUCUUUGUGGUUUGUAGCUUUUCACAUAUGCAUUAUAAUAAAACUACCUUCUGUUUCUUAUGUUCCUUUGAUUUAUGAGUAUUGACUGUCUUUCAAUAAAAUAAUGCAUAGUGAUUGGCCCAAAAAUCAAAAGUGUGAAUUUGACACAACUCCAUGUAUAUUCAUAAUACAACUAUUUCAAGAUAUGAUGAUUGCCCGAGUAAAUACCGA